AUGGGAGCAGCUCUGCAGACUCUGGGCUUAGCGGAAGUCGCGAGUGAGGUUGCUUGUUGCGCAGGCUCAGCAGCGUUCAGCUUAUUUUGCAAGAAAAAGUUUGGCGGCACACGAUCGAGGCUUUUCUUUACCGUGUUUUUACUAAUGAGUUCGAUUCUUUGUCUCGUUAUGCUUACUCCGAACAUGCGGACAAAUCUUGAUAAGAUACCGUUACUGUGCACAAAACUUGCGCCCAAACGGGUUUGUGAUAAUCUGGUGGGAUAUGGUGCCGUUUACCGAGUUUCCUUCGCGAUGUCUGCGUUCUUUCUGCUCUUUUCACUACUAACGUACAAUGUACAUUCAACAAAACAGUUUCGAGCAAGACUUCACAACGGAUUCUGGUACAUCAAGCUAUCACUUCUGGUUUUAAUAAUGGGUGUUGUAUUUUACCUUCCAAACCCUGGGCUUUUUGCUAAGAUAUGGAUGUACAUUGGUUUGACUGGCGGAUUUAUGUUUAUAUUGAUUCAAGUGAUUCUGGUGAUCGACUUUGGACAUUCAUGGAGUGUUUCGUGGGCGGAGAAAAUGGAUACGCUCGACACGAAGUGUUGGUACUUCUCGCUGGCCUUUUCUACAGCUUUAGUGUAUUCAAUUUCCAUCACAGCUGCCGUUAUGUUCUAUCUGUUUUUCACCAACCCAGACGACAUAUCACAGUGUAAAGCUAACACAUUUUACAUAAGUUUUAAUGUUGGUCACUGUGCAUUAGCCACUAUCAUCUCCGUACUUCCAAGAGUCCAGCAAGAAACAACGGGAGCGGGCCUCCUACAAUCUUCAGUUAUUACGAUAUACACCAUGUAUCUUACAUGGAAUACUCUUUCGUCUCAGCCAGACUCAAAGUGUAACCCGCUGGGCGCGGUUAUACUAGAAUACGAUAAAGUUUCUGGUGUGAACGGUGAAGCUAUAUUUGGUACACUUUUAAUGUUUGCAUUGCUGGCAUUUGCGUGUACCGUCCGCCCAAGCACGUCGCAGCUUGGGAAACUAGGGCUGUCAUUAUCUGACAAUCCUGAGUAUUUGCGAAAAAGCGCUCAAAUAAACUAUAAACGCCGCAAAGAGGACAAAACACCUAAAGAAGACGGCAAGGAGACAGACGAGCUUGCAGGCGAAGACGUCGCAUAUAGCUACUCGUUUUUUCAUUUUGUACUUUUUCUUGCUUCGUUACAUGUAAUGAUGGUAAUGACUAAUUGGCAUAGCCCAGACGAGAAUGUUGAUUUUAAGAAAAUGAUAAAGAACUGGGCGGCAGUCUGGGUACAAAUGGCUUCAAGUUAUAUUUGCUGUCUAGUGUAUAUAUGGACACUUGUGGCACCGUUAAUACGAAGUACAUGGGGCUAUUAUUUGGGACUCGAUAUAGAACCCAUGAGGCAUCCAAGUGCAAGACGAACUAGCGCGGCGCAGUUAAAGGAAGAUUUUGAAAAAGCUAGAAAGAUUUUGAAAAAGGCUGAAACUACAGUUGACAGGACUAAAUCUAGACAAAGUGUUGAGAAUGAGACCAAAGCGAGGAAGAGUAGUUCACCAGAAACGGCAAAAAAUUCUCGAAAACAAGAAAAUACUGAAACACACACUACUGAGCCUGCAGCAAAGGCGUUAGAUCAAAACAGAACUGAUGCUGAAAACGUCAGCGAUGAUUAUAAACAAAAGAGAGAAACUGGCCAGCACGAUGUUCCAAUCUGCGGGAAGCCGGUUGAAAGAUUAAAGGAUAAGAUCGAAGAAACACCGACUUCGACAAGCGAUACAUGUUCGCCUUCGCCUAAAAUUGACAUUCGUAAUAGUAAGGGUUGUCAUUCUUUAGAGAGGAGUUCGGAAGAAUAUGUGAAACAACUCGGGCCUUCACAACAAGUAAGAAUACAGAUCGAUCAUCCAUUUGAAAAAAUAACACAAGAAAGCGAGGUAAAUAACAGUGUAAAAGAACCUGAAGUUUCCAAAGAAAUUCUUAGACUACAAGAGAGAAUUCUCAGAUUUCAAGCGAAAAUCGUCAGAAUACAGCAUAAGAUUUUAUCAAUACAAGAAACGGGCGAAGAUGUUUUCACAAGGCCAGAAUCAAGAACAAAGCGAGGAUAACAACACAUUUAGCAGAAUAAAAUAUAGGUGUUACAGGGGAAAGCCGUUGCUUCAGUGUCUUUCAUGAAAAGAACAAAAAUCAAACAGCGCCACUACUCACUAGCUUUAAUUUGUCAGCAAACUCAUAUGUAUAGAGGCUGUUAUUCGCAUCAACGUAAGUCCAGUAGUUAUUCAACAUACAGCCUAAAGCACACAGAUUGUUCUCGUCGCUUUUGCAGUUUCACCCCAUAUUCAGGUCCUUUGUCGCCAUUUCAUCUGUCUUAUGUCGCUAUACACAUAAUUGCCGUUUAUUAGAGUGGUAUUCAACUGGAUGUCCCAUGUAAAGCCAAAAUCAAGUUUAUUUCAUCGUUAACUAACGCUCAAUGCGCCAAUCAAAUCUCAAACAGCCGGUAAUUUGAUUUAAUUUUCAAAAUGGCAUCCGACAAAAUGACGUUUAGUUGGAAACCACUCUAAGAGCUUUCAUUGAGCACCCAAGUUUUAGAGAGAAGGCGAAGGUUGAAGAGAAAACCAGGCACUUCUUUGGCAUCGCCGGCAUUUUCUUGUUGCUCUAAAUAUUGUUAUCAUUUGUAACUAACUUUAUACUUUUGUAUUGUAAACAACGAACGUUUUUAUAAAGAUUUGUAUCAAAAUAAUUUUAAUAUAUUCAAAACUAUGCAUUCGCUAAGGCUAUGUACCAAAAAAUAAAUAUAGUGGAAACUUUGGCUUAACUCAACUGCGUCCCGGAUCUUCUGUUGAAUAAAAAGAUCUUUCUAAGGUAUUGUUAUUAGUUAAUAAAUUGCACUCGCUAUAAUCCAGAUCAAUUUUUCACAAUUUAUCAACUGGUCAACGUAUUUCGUCCCUUCGUCACGCCGGUAGCACUAUGUAUUGACAUGAAGUCAUAUUUUCCCAAAAGAUAAUAAGGCAAAACGAAAACUGACAGUUCCCACUAAAACACAUCUGUACCCCCCAGUUUUCGAGUUCACUUGACUACGAUUAAAUUUCAGUUUCUUAUAAAAAGAGUAUUUAUUAUGAUAUAAUUAGACCACGCAAACUUUCGCUUUGGUGACAAGAAGGAUGGUCUCUGGUCGAACGAAGAGGAAUAUCGGAUUCUUCUGUCCACACAUUUAACGCGAUUUUAAUAUCGGCAAUUAUUAUAUGGCUACAAUAGUACCCGCUCUGAUUGGCUGCUGAGCAGGCAAGAGGUUUUUUGUAAGACCGGGCAUUAUACCCUUGGUUCCAGAGGAUAUCUUUUUCUCAUCCAUACUAAUCGUUGGUGGCGAAGCCGCGUCAACGAAGCGCGAAGCGCCGAGAGAAAAAAAUAACCGGGAGCCUCAUCAAACCGCAAGCACUGUUUAUUUCACAUUAGGUAUUUUGAGAACGGACCUCUGAAGCCAGGGUACUGAGCAGCCUGAGAUGUGAGUAAAACCUACGAGCGCGAGGGCGAAAAAAUCCAAAAAAUCCCGACAAAAUAUAACUUUAUAAAACAUAUCUUUCAAUAACUGAAAGAAAAUAUUAGCAGUUGGUACUUCUUUAGUCAAAGCGAUGAAGAGAGCCACAGCGAGUUUUAUUAUCCAGAGAGGGAAGAACAGCGCUUUUAAAAAGCCAUUUAUUAUAAUAAAUAACUUGUUAACCUCGUCUGUUCGGUCAUUACAGAGAAAUCUCAGACCUCGACCAGCUCGGUCAAUUCAUCAAGGCCUCGGUCUGAGAUUUCAUUGUAAUGACCUCACUCUCGGGUAAUAAGUGGUAUGUAUUUUCGCAACAAAACGCAACAAAGUCUUGAGAACUAGGUUUGAUAAACUUGCGUAAGUAAGUAAGUCAGUAAUCAAGUAUAAAAGUACGAUGACCUACUAUCAACAAUAAAAUUAGCCAAGUGAACUGGGUCGAGAGAUCGUGUAAGGCCAUCGGUUCAAUCGUUUCUCAAUGAAGCACUUUGCGCAAAGAGAAGACUGUUGAUUAAAGAGUCACGAUAUCGAUCGAUAAAAACGUUUCGAAAGUUAUCGUUAAAUUUUUUAGUACGAAAAACGACAAUUGAAAAACCAUUUAUCAUUUUGUUUCUCAUUUUAUUGAGCUUUAUAUUGAUCACGACGAUAGAGUUUUCUACUUUUCCUCUAUGGCAUCACCAUACCGCCAUAUUUACAUCGCAAAUUUGAUAUUUCGCUUGAGAAAUACGAUCCUUGAUUUUUCAUUUCACAACUGAACUAAUUUACCAAGUGACGUGACAUCACUUAAAUGGUACCACCAGAACUACAAACACAUCAACUACAAACAUCUUCUCUACGAUCCACAGCGAUAAAAAAGGAAAAAAAACAGUUUACUGACAUGAAUGACGAUUCUGAAAAUGGAGUUAAAUCCGACCGAGAUGUUUCCUGUUUGUGCGGUAAUUGUGGUAAAAUCAGGAGAGCUACCGUCACGCGCACAACCUACGUUAUAUUCCUUUUACUUGUCACGCUCCUAUGCUUUGUGCUGUCAGCCCCGCAAACAAGACAAAAGAUAUACGCUAUUCCACAUUUCUGCAACGAGAUCGUGGAUUCAAAAACCUGUGAAAGUUUGGUUGGAUACACGGCAGUGUAUCGAGUGUGUUUUGGGAUGGCCAUGUUUUAUCUUGUUUUCUCCUGUGUUUUAGUUGGAGUUAAAAGCCUCGGAGACAUUCGCGCACGGAUCCAUAAUGAAUUCUGUUACAUCAAAUUGUUGCUAUUGAUAGGUUCGUAAUUGAACAACUGCGCAUGACUUGAUUAUUGCAUGCUUAAGAGAAUCAUCGUAUUGUAAUGUUUUCACUUCGGUUCAUGCCUUCUUUAUUUUUCAUCACAUUAGCACGAUAUAAUAAUUGUUAUUGGCAUGUACGAAUCGACUCAAUCGCUCUAAUCGCGCAAAAUCGCUAAGAAAAUUAACUUACUAAACGUUUUUGAAAUGGACUAAAACCAGGAGACAAGUCUUGUAAGAGGUUCAUGAUCGUCCGGGUGAUAGUAGUCUUGAGUGAGCCAGGAUAGUUUUUAACAAUGAUAAGUCCUGCUGAUGAUGACACUCACUUAGAUGACCAUCAACAUGAUUAUAAGGCAGCAUAAUUAGUUAUUACUGAUUUCAAUUUAUUAAUUAUCAAAUCAAAUUAUCAUACUUAGCAUUCCAGUUUUCUAAAAAACAUACUCUAGUGUGUUUGGUCUGAAAGGCCAAAAAAACAACACGUAAAAUGAUAUUUGGGCACACCUUUCGCCUGAAUACUAAUGCAGUGCGAAACAAAAAAUAAUUAAGCAAUAGACCACACUUUCUACGGGUUACCGGCGUGAUAACCCAUGCGGGAUGUUGGGAGAACACGAGAAAAGCUUGUAAAUCACGAGCCGAAGGCGAGUGAUUUACAAGCUUUUCUCGUGUUCUCCCAACAUUCCAAGUGGGUUAUCACUCCGGUAACCCGUAGAAAGUGUGGUCUAUUGCUUUUAUAAAAUAACUUUGAGUAAAACGGAGUUGUUUAGGUUUUCUAUGAGUUUACCGGCACAAUAAACCAGGGGUUUUUAACCAAUCAGAACGCGCGCACUAUCUUAGUUAUUUUGUAACAUACUACUAUACAAUUUGUUUCUAUUUCAGCACUAAUCGUAAGUUCGUUGCUUAUACCCCCGUCUGUCUCCUUUAAUCGUAUUUGGAUGUACUGUGGGCUGGUGGGAGGUUUCCUCUUUAUUCUAAUACAACUCGUUUUGCUGGUCGACAUGUCUCACACCUGGAGCGAGACCUGGGUCGAGAAGAUGGAAAAAGCCUCAAGCACGUGCCUUUCAAAAUGCUGGUGGGUAAAAAUUGUUGUUCCCAAUUCUAUUUUCCAGCACAGAGAGAUUACGGAAGUUACUUCGCCGUUUCAAAAUUCAAGGAUCGUACUCUUUUGAGCUAUUCAAAUUUCAUGACUUUUUCCUGGUGACUUUAGGUUUAGCUGUCACUUUGCAAAACUUUCCUAGUUUUAGGGUAUUUUUUGACCUCAAACAGUUCACACUAAAAUGCAUGCCGUUCGCGCUUUUUAAUUACUUCUCUGUAUCUUACUUUGUCCUUGCCUUGUCAUCUGCAGUAACUAAUCUACCAAAAAAAACUUUAACUUUUCACAACGACCAACUAUUAAAUUCCAUGACUUUCUGGACCUGGAAAAUGAAAUUCGUAAAUUCCAUGACUUUUACAGUUUUCCAUGACCUGCACGAACCCCGUAAUUAGUGUCAAUUUUUCUACACAGACCGUUUACUAUUUCUUCGGUUACAACAAAAUUACAUUCUAUCUUCGACAUACUAAUAAAGCGCGAUUUAUUUUCAGGUACUUAACGUUUUUGUCGUGUACUGGUUUGAUGUUUAUCAUCUCCAUGGUGGCUGUGAUAUUAUUCUACAAAUUUUUCGUCCGUUCCGCUGAUUGUAAAACGAAUCUAUUUUUCGUCUCGUUCAGCCUGUGCCAGUCUGUCGCGGUAACUGUGGUCAGCGUUCUUCCCAAGGUGCAGGAAGCACAGUCAGGUACAGGUGAGUGACAUAUGGUUAAAAAGGUACGCGGACAAACAGCCUGUGACCAACAGCAAAGAAGUGACAAACAAAGGCAGUGACUAUGCCUUAUAAAACUAGCUGUUGUAUAUGUAAGUAUGGUGUUAAUAUCCAUUUAUACACGUGGGUAUCGGUGUAAGAAUAAAAAAGCGGAGGUUUUUGGGUUAGGGGUUAACUGCUAAUUUUCCAGCAUGUGACAGUCAAUAACCUUCCACGUUGUAUAACGAGAGACUAUCCAAUUCCUGGAAAAAAGAUGUUAUAGAGCCAAAAAUUUAAGCGUUUGAGCAUCAGCACGCUGGCCCCGUCGAUACCGUUUCCAUAACUAUGCAUUGAAUAGAAUAGAGUAGAAUUUUAAUAGAAUCAUGCUCAAGAGGUUUUUCAGACACUUUUUACAAUGACAUGAAUACAUGAAAUACUAAACUACUUAAAUUGUGAAUAAUAAAUAUAAGAAAAUAAGAGUUCUUAAAAAAAACCUAUGAAAAAAAAACCUAUGAAAAGACUUGCUCUAAAAGUUGCCCUAUUAUUGCUUGCUUGAAUGACUGCAAGGAAACGCAUUGCUUUACGUCAUUAUCUAAAUCGUUCCAAAUACAAGUUCCUCUAUAUGUGAAUUUUCGUCGGCCAGAAGCAGUUCUAUACAACGGUAUAUGUAAUAAAUCAUGCUUGAGGGUGUGGCGAGCAUGGAUGCUGGAGCGUUUAGUAAGUUUAUCUAUCAGAUGUUUGGGUGCGAAGCCCUUGAAACAUUAGUAAGUUAACACAGAGCAUUCAUUCCCAAGAGCAUCGACACUUGCAAUUCGUGAAGCACUGAAACGUUAGUGGUGUCCUACGAAAGGUGUUUUACUAGCAUGAUAUAUAACACCAUUAUAAACUGCAUUUUAGCAUUUCACCAGCAUGUGACAAAGUCCCGACGAAAUAGGAUCCAUGACUCCGUGCAGCCUUUGAGACGCUAUAAUCAAUGCGGCUUUCGGAAGAGUCGGGACAAGUUAACUUGGCUGUUUGCCUUGCCUGAAUGUGUGUCUUGUUCUUUAGGUUUGUUCCAGGCUGCAGUGGUAAUAUCAUACACGACAUAUCUGACGUGGUCUGCACUUUCACACGAGCCAGAUGACUUAUGUAAUCCACCCGGCUAUGUUAUUUCCGGUUACGAUCAAAACACUGGCUUGAGUCUGCAGACAAUUGUCAGCGGAGUGUUCGUUUUUGUCACGCUCAUCUACGCUAGCUUCAGUACAGCAAUGAGUGCUUCAAAGCUAAGUAAGUUUUCUGUCUUGAUUGAUUAUCGAUUGAUUUAUUUUGUCACAUACAGUCGAGCUCAACCCCCGGCAAAGAACCCGAAAAAAAGAACUCAGUAAAACUUUGGUUCGUUUGGCUGCUCCCGUUCUGACGACAGCUUCUAGAGUAUUCUGGUCGGAUAAUUCAAUCAACUAACUGACAAGAGACGGUAGCCUAGCCUAUUUUACAGCAAAGAGCCCAAAGACCUCCUUUAAUUAACUCACAUUCUUUUAUGCCGACGUUAACCAAUUAGAAGUCGAGGACAGUUUCCAGCUGGCUUCUGAUUGGAUUAAAUCUGUACGAGAGAAUUUGAAUAAAAUCAAAAGAGGUCACACUUUUGGGCUCCUUGCUGUAAACAACAACAACAACUACAACAACUACUUUAUUUGCCAAAUUUACAAGAAUAAAAUAAGUUAAUUAGAUCAAGCAAAAAUUAUUCAGAUUAGCAAAAACUAAACGAGUUUACAAUAAUCAACUUGGAUUCUCUAGGGCUGUAACACAUGAAAGAUAAAGAGGAAAAAAAGAAAGAAAAUACAGUACACCUAGAAUAUUAAAUUCAAAAAUGAAUACGUGAAUAAAAAAAACCUUUUAUAAAAUCCCUUAUGUUAUUGAAUUCAUAUAGACAGAUGGCGUAUUCGCAUCCAAAAUGGCAUUAACGCAGAUACAUCUGCUUUACAAUCUAGCGAUGUGGAAUCUGCUGAAGAAAAGGAGAAUGAAGUAGCAUACAACUAUUCUUUGCUCCAUUUCAUCAUGUUCCUUGCCUCCUUUCACAUUAUGAUGACGUUAACAAACUGGUACAGUCCUACGCAGGACUCCAACAUUACGAAGCUUGAAAGGUCGUGGCCAGCGGUUUGGAUAAAAAUGGGAUCAAGUAGCGCAUGCUCGUGUCUCUAUAUUUGGUCACUGCUCGCACCGAUUCUUCGACCGAUGUUCCAGAAUAAUGUCGACAUUAACAAGGCUGAAAGCCACGAGGUCAGCGCGUGCUCAAAUCAAGACCAGGGUUCACAGAAUUCUCAAAAAGCGGCUAACAUUGAGAAAAAACCUCAUCAGGCAGUAAGCCAGGAAAAGGAACGUUCACAAGACGACUCAGAGGUUAAAAAUGAUAAAGAAACGCAGAUAAGGAAUAACGUGGACAAAGAAAAGGAAACUAGCACAAAACAAACUGAGAAAGCUAUAAAAACUUCAAAAAAGCCUCUAUCUGAAGCAGACAAAGAGGUUUUAAGACUUCAAGGAAAAGUAUUAAGAUUACAAGAGAAAAUAGCCAAGUUACAGCAUAAAGUCGCUGAGCUUCAAGGACUCAAUAUAUAA